UGACUCACUCGGAUGACUGGAUGAACGAGGAUGAAGGCAGCGCUUGUUUGGGUUGUGGUUGUGGUUGUUGUUGUGGUGGUGGUGGUGGCAGCUGAGUGUGGUGAGACCAGUGCGACGCCCGUCCUCACUCGCCCAGGCUACCACUUCUCUCGACGUGCAGGGUGGAUGAACGACCCUGUGCCUUACUUUGAGGAGAGUACAGGCACGUACCACUUGUUCUUCUUGUGCAAUCCGACAAACAGCACCAUUGCCCCGUGGGCGCCGGGAGGACACCAAGGAUACUGCCACGCAACAAGCACCAAUCUCGUCACCUGGCGCCAUCAGCCACUGGCAAUCAACAAUUCCGCAGGCACAGGCCAAAUAGUGAACCCGCGUGCACUCAACUUCACAUCCAGUACGGCCAUCGUCCACGAUCGCCUGCCAUUCGAUGCACGCGCAGUUGCAGUGCAAAGCGGUGGAUCACUGGCCUUCACGAACAACUCAGACCUCCUGCAUUGGUCGGCGGCCUCUCAAAAACCAGUGUUCUCCCACCCACCAAAUGUGACACUGAUUGGUGACGUCGCCUUGACUGCAUGUCCCGGCCAGCGUUCAUCCUCAUGUGUCCGGCUCUUGGCAGGAAGCAGCACGGGCGACGGAUUUGAGAAUGGCACAGCCGCUGUUGUUGCCUUUGAAUCAACCGACUGGUUGCAUUGGAAUUUUACCAGCACGCUGUUUACCUGGCCGCGCUCGCUCACGCCCCGCGCAGAGUGCGUGGACUACUUUUCGCUUGAUGGCUACAAGGUGUUGCUGUCCUCGAUCCCUUCAACGGGGCGUACGCACUGGGCAAUUGGCCACGAGGACGCAUCCGGCCGUUUCGUGGCAAGCACCCAUGGUGUCCUUGAUAGCGGCGGUGCAUAUGCUGCUAAAACACUCGUCGAUGACACGGGCCGCCGCGUAGCAUUGCACUGGGUGCGUGAUGGGCUCUCUGUGGCUCUGGAAAAGGAGGCGGGUUUUGCAGGAUACCAGAGUCUUCCCCGCGAGCUCCAUAUCAUUACAUCUCCCUUGACGCUGUUGGCAAAACCUGUACCAGAAAUGGCGACGUUGCGACACCAUGCACUCUCUCUGCCCAACAUUCAUCUCAGAGACUCCACAUACGAUUUUACGCUUCCCACAUCCGAUGGCGGACAAUUCAAUUUGGUGGUUGACCUUCGCUUCACGGCCCUCUCAUCGAACAAGAGUUCCAUUGGCAUUCGGGUGCUGACCUCCCAGAACCGUACGGAACUAACCACGAUUCAAGUGACUCAAGCAUCGCAAGUUGUGUCCUGUAUGGAUACGCCCCUGGUGCCUGAUACGGAUCGUCCAGGUGGUGAUAUCACCCACAUCCCGCUGUCUGGCCAAGAAGCAACAGCAGGUCACUGCCGUCAACUCUGCUGUCAGAACACAGACUGCGUCGGCUUCGUCUUUGAUACACGAGAUUCAUUUUGCUGGCUCAAGGCGCAGAUUAUGCCGCCGGUGCCGCUGAAAGGCGUCACCUCUGGCAUCCUCUCGGCUGCAAACACCUCCAUCGUUCUCAACGCAACAAGGUCCAGCACGUUGCCGGGCGCCGCAACGCCAGUGUACACAUGCAAUGUCCAGUCGCUGCCUAACGUCGAAGCGCACUCCAGUAGUUCUGGUGAUUGCAUGAGCACUUCGGCUGCUGGCGACAUGCCAGGCAAUGACUACCGCCAUUUCAGGGGCGUGCUCAACUCAACCAACGAGUGCUAUGAGGCCUGCUGUGGUGACAGCAAGUGCGCUGGCUUCACCUUCGUUCCGAGCAGCACUGUCUCAGAUGGCGAUUGUUUGCUUGGACUCCCUUGUUGCUGGCUCAAGACAGCUUGUCAAGAAGCCAGUGGAGACCACAGCUUCACGUCUGUCAAUGUCACCCAGCAAUCGCGACAAGCACACGUUUCUCUCAAUAUCUUCGUCGAUCAAUCGGUGGUGGAGGUCUUCGCCAAUGGCGGGGUCGCAGCACUCACCGCAGCGGUUCAUCCCCAGAACUCCUUGCCAGACAACAUUGAGCUGUGGUCCGAAGGCGCGGAGGCAAUCGUGUCAACGACGGCAUACACGAUGGCAAUGGAUAAUGAUGAUGCAAGCUGUUGACCAAACGAGUCGUUGAAUCGACGCCUCACUUGUUUUCUCCGGUUGUUACUGGCUUUUCCCACUUGAAAUUUGAGUUGAGUGGAAGUACAAGACAUGUGUUCGACAUAAACAUGACCUUCGUGG